AUGGGAUGCCGCCCCAGUUCGUUUCCCAUGGAACCAAAUCUGAAAUUGGAUAAAGGAGAAGAAGAAGAGAAGAUAGACGCAAGCCAAUAUCGAAGACUCAUAGGACGCCUACUUUACCUACAAGUCACUCGCCCAUAUAUAGCUUAUUCUGUAAGCAUUCUAAGCCAAUUUGUUGGAGUCCCACGACGCGUCCACAUGGAGGCUGCCAAUAGUGUUUUGCGAUACCUUAAAACUACCAUUGGCCAAGGCAUUCUCUUACCAAACACGAGCGACACCAACCUUGUAGCCUAUUGUGAUGCGGAUUGGCUUGGAUGUCCCCUUAGUAAACGAUCAAGGUCCGGUUAUGUGCUUCUAUUAGGGGGAGCUCCAAUAUCCUGGAAAUUGAAGAAACAAUUUGUGGUGUCUCGCUCCUCGGCAGAAGCGGAAUAUCGGGCAAUGGCCACCGCGGUCAGCGAGAUCACAUGGGUUCGUUGGCUGUUGGAAGAACUUGAUACUGGUGUGGGUGAUCCUACACCGUUGCUAUGA